AUGAUUACGUUCUCUUUGCCAUCCCCCUUCUGCAUCCUCCCGUCCAUGGCAGGACCGCCGUCACUCAGCAGCGCCGUGCUGCGCGCCAUAGCCAAAAGCGAAAGCCUCGACCCCACGCCGUCGGCGCUGCCGCCGGAAAGUAACGAGGAACCUGACGUGCCGUUAACUCCAAAACGCACGUCCGUCUACAUUCGACGACUCUUAGGUCUCGGAAGCACAUCAUCGAGCCGCGCUGUUUCUUCCACGUCGAAAUGGGAGGACAUUAGCGACUCGGACACCGUCUCUUCCAAACCCUCCGCCUCAACCGCCGCGAUCAACCGCGAUCAUGCCACGUCGACUUCUGCGGGACUUGCGAGAGGCUCAGCUGCCGCCGCCGCCGCUGCCGCUGCCGCUGCCGCUGCCGCAGCAGGGGGUGCUAGCGGGCUUAAGGGGAGGUCGCGGCGGGAGCGCAGCGUCUCCCCCGUUCCGCAAGGAAGCCGCCUAUUCGCGCCCACCCAGGCUUCUAUGGCAAAGGCACGCGCCGCCGAUAGAGUCAGCGCCGCCGCCGCCGCCGCCGCCGCCGCCGCCGCCGCGAUGGGCGCCGGAAAGAAGGUGUACGAUGGCGGUGCCGCAGCCACCGCUGCUUCUGCUGCCGCCGCUGCAGCCGCCGCCGCCGUCGGUGCCGCCGCGACGGGCGGGAACUCCAGCCGCGUUGUCCCGAGCAGCUUGUUAGGAUUGGACGGCAAGUCGACUGACGAAUUGCUGACGGUUAUGCCGGCGGAGUUAACUUCCGCGCGCGCGCAAGCGCUGUCAGGCGGGAAAAGUCGCGGCAGCCGGGGGGACAAUGCGGGGAACUCCGCGGCAGGCGGAGCAGGCGCGGCAGCAGGCAGCGUUUCCGCCAUCCCCGCCCGUUCGCUUUCGACUGGUUCGGUUUCUACCGCCAUCAAUGCGGGAAGCGCGGGGAAAGGGGCAAAGGACGGCGCUUCCGCUUCCGCCAGUCGUCGCGGAAGAUCGACCGGACCAGCUGACCGGGAAGACAGCAGAGCAAGCGCAGGCGCAGGCGCAAACCCGCGCGGCCUCCGCGCGCCCGUCCCGAGCGGAAAGGAGCGCUUCCACCCGCACCGCUCUCCCACCCACCCUCCGUCCUCUGUGCCCUCCGCGCUUUCCCCCCAGUCGCGCUUUGCGCACGCGGAAGAAAGCCGCACUCCCGGCGGGUCGGGGAAGCUCUACGAGUUCUCCCCGCCCCUGGGAUCUUCCGCCAGUCUGCGCGCUGAAACGGAUGUCCGCGGAGGAGCUGGUGCCAUCGGCGGAAGCGGAAGCGGGGGAGGGAAGCGCGCGGGAAGCGGAAUCGGGAGCUACGCUGCCUUGCUCACCACGUCGAGCUCGCUAGAACUGCCUGCUGGUGGCGCGAAACCCGCCGGCAAUCGCGGCAGGCACGCGGAUAGAAUCGAUGGCGCUGACGUGUCGUCGCCCGACAUGACUGCCGCGAUUGGCUCGCCUGCACGGAGCGCGUCGGGGAGGAGCGCGGCGGCUACAGCCGCCAAAGCGCGGCUGUACGCGAAAGGCGGCAGUGGGAGUGGCGGAAACCGGAUCGGCGCGGGCAUGGACGACAAGUCCGCGGAGGUAUUUUCCCCUGCGCUGUCAUCCUCCCCCUCGCGCAUCCCUCUUCCGCGCAAGGCGCAGGCGCAGGCGCAGCUCACGCAGCAAGCGCAGCGGCAGCAGGCGGAACAAACGGCGGCGGCGGCGGCGGCGACCCGCGCGAGUGUGGUGGCGGCGUGGAUCGAAGCGUCCGCGUCGGCAGCGGCGCUCGGAACCAGCUUCGACGCUGCUUCCUCGUCGUCCCCCUCCUCUUCUCCGCUCACGGCCUCGAUUUCUCUCCCCGUGACUCGUGCAGCAACAGCAUCAGCAUCGGCAACAGCGGCGGCGGCGGCGGCGGAGAAGAGUCGUUUCUCUGCUCCCGUGGUCCCCGCCACAGCAAUGGGGGGAGGCGGAAGAGGCGGCGGGGGAGUGGGGGGAGCGGGCGGCGGAGGAGCGGUUGGGAUGACCAGCGGGAGCAUGGAGCUAGAAUUAGCAUCUUUAACCCGAGUGCUAUCUUCUGCUUCUUCUUCUGUUGGUGCUGGCGCUGGUGGGAGUGGUGCGGGGUAUGCUAAUGGCAGUGUGAGUGGCAAUGCGGCGAGCCGGCAAAUUCUAGAGGUGGAGGAGGAGGAGGAGGAUGAAGGGCCGCUGCAAUUCGGAUGGCCGCUUAAAUCGCUGGACUGGAAGCAGCAGCAGGAAGAUAUGGCUGAGGAGAAGGAGGAGGAGGAGGGGAAAGCGGAGGAGGAAGAAGAGGAGGAGGAUGAGGAGGAGGAUGAGGAGGAGGGGGAGAGCGAGGGGGAGCAAGCGGGCGGGGAAGGUGCUGCGAGUGUGCUGAGCAGAGGAGAGGGCGAGAGGAGUAUGAGUGAGCGCAAGGAGAGAGUGUGGCUCAGUGGGGAGUUGCAAAUCGGCGUUGCCAGCCCACUGCUGUCUCGCACUGUAAGCGGAGCAGGGGAGGAGGUAUCGGCAGAAGAAGAGGAAGAGGAGGAAGCGGAGGAAGAGGAUGAGGAUGAUGAAGAGGAAGAGGAAGGCGAGGAGGACGAGGAGGAAGGAGAGGAAGAGGAGGAGGCGAGUGCGCUGGUGAAGCCUAGGCAGGGGUCUGUGAGCAAGCUCUCGAAGCAUUCGGUUGGGGCUGUGAAUGGGAAGGGGGCGGCAGUGCAAGGAGCAGCAGGAGCAGCAGCAGCGCUGCUGGAUGCAGUGGUGCCGGGCGGCAAGUCUUGGCUCAUGCUGGGGAAGCUCGCAGUCUUCGAGCAACUAGAACUCGGAAUCACCCUCUCAUGCCCCUCACCUGCCCCUCCUCCUGGCGUCCACCCAGACGACCCAGCCUGGAUUGCCGCAGACCAGGCGAGGAGGCAGGAGGAGCGACGGCAGCGCCGGCUUCUGUUUGACGCAGUCAAUGAGGCGUUAGGAAGGAGGCUCGGGCCGUUCCUGGAGGCGUCCCCGUGGCUGGCGGCGGUGCAGCAGGUGCCGCUGGUUCGGCCCAGGCCUGAGGGUCAGGCUUUGCUGCUGGAGGUUUGGGAGGAGGUGCACGACUGGCCGGUUCCAGCUUCGGACGAGGUUUAUGAUAUUCUGGACGAUGCUGCGAGGAGGGAUAUGGCCCGAGGGCUGGAUAAAUGGGCGGAUACGAGUGCCGAGGCUUUAAUGUCGGUGUUUUCGCUUGAAGAGAUGGUGAUGGAGCAGCUUUUGGAGGAGAUUAUGGGGGAUUUGUCGCAGGUGGAGAAGGCACGGAGGGGAAAGAGAGGCGUGAUUAUGAUGGGACCGGCGUGGAGGCACGGGAGGGGUGUGGGAGGAGGUAUGGGUGGCGGUGGCGGCGGGAGUGGUGGUUCAGGGAGUGGUGGUGGUGGGGGUAGUGGUGGUGGGAGUGGCGGCGGCGGUGGGUUUAUCCCGGAUGCCAACUCUUUGAUUGCAAUGAAGGGCCUGCGAUGGCUCGGCCGGCGAUCGCUAUAA